AUGACAACCGCACAUCGUCCCACCUUUUAUCCGGCUCGCGGAGGAACCGCCCGUGGCGAAGGCGACUUGUCCAAACUUUCUGCGCAAUACUCGUCAAAAGAUAUGCCCUCCCAUAAAACCAUGAAAUAUCGUCAAACCGGUCAAGGAACCGAGGAGGAUUUGCGAAAACGUGAUUUGCGUCGUGAACUUGAGGAUAAGGAGCGUGAGGCGACUCGUGAAAAACGUGCACGUGAUGCGAAUUCGGCGAGUUCGAGCUCAAGUUCCUCGCAUAGUAAGAAGCAGCGAAUGGAUCAGAUUGCAGCAGAAGCCGCGACUGCGACAGUUGACGCAGAUGAAGCUGUCGAUGAGUUGAAUUCGUCGGAAGAUGAGGAUUCAGAUGAUGAUGAUACAGCGGCUCUCAUGGCCGAGUUAGAAAAAAUCAAGAAGGAAAGAGCUGAAGAAAAAGCAGUUAGAGAGGCUAAAUUACAAGAGGAAGAGGAGAAGACUAGAAUGAGCAAUAUAUUGGCGGGAAACCCUUUGUUGAAUGAUUCGGGAGCUGGGAGCUCUUCAUCGAAGGGAGAUUUUACUGUGAAACGACGAUGGGAUGAUGAUGUGGUUUUUAAGAAUUGUGCGAAAGGUAUGGAUUUUUGGUAGAAACCAAUUACGAAAACAUCCACUCAUUCUCAGAAACAACCAAAUUUGAUGAUUUUUUCACGUGAGAAAAAAAAACAAUAGAAAAAUAUUCAGCAUUUCAUGUUUUUCAAUAAAAAAAUAAUGGGACUAUUCAAGUUAUUUUCUCAACGCUGAGAAAAGCGAAGAAAACCUAUUCAGGUAGGCUGAGAAAAUACGAAAAAAGUGAAGAAAAUACAUUUUCUCCGCAUUUCUCCUGUUUUCUCAGCGCGUUGAGAAAAUACUUGUAUAGCCCCAUAAAGAUAAAAAUGAAAUGAACACGUGAAAACAAAAAAUAAUCAAAUUUGUUUUUUUGUAAACGAAAGAGUUUGAAGAAUGACCAAUGUCGAGUGACAAAAAUGUUGAUAUCAAUUGUUCGAAACGUAUUUUAUCAGGGGAAAAAUAACAUUUGCAUCAAAAUCGCCCGAACUCAAAUUUUUAUUCUUCCAGGCCUUGACGAGCGCAAAAAAGAGGUUCAAUUUAUCAACGACGCAAUUCGCUCGGAAUUCCACAAAAAGUUCAUGGAUAAAUAUAUCAAAUAA